GCGAAGAAUGCAUUAAAGAUUUUCCUUUAUUCGCUCAUGUUUGAAGAUAAACAAGAAGUGUUGUGUUAUACGUGAUUGCAACAUAAAGUGUUGAUGGGGAAGAAGUGGAGGGUGGGAGGAGAAUAAUUUAAGAUAUACAAAAAAAAGAGAACUAUUUUAUUUAGGAUAUCUAUUCCGUCACCAACUGAAUGUCAGUACUGUAUACGGUGGCAGACAAAUGUCAAUGACCAUGUUUGGGUGACGGAGGAAAUUACGUAAAACACGAAGAAGCUACAAUUUAUUCUGAACAUUGCGGUGGACCACUUACUGCCUAGACUCUGGAGAAGAAGUGAACAUCAUUCAACUAAAACUAGAAGUGUACAACUUAUCACAUUGGUCGUUUCACAGCUAUUGUAUGUGUCAGCAUGAAUGGAAACAAUAUUUGUAUCAUUUUUCUUCUUCUUCAAGCAACUUACACUGUUCAGCAAAAGGAAUUUAAUUUCCCAUCCGAGAUCCAAGCAUUGAUUGGUUCCUGUGUGGAGAUCCCUUGUGCGGUAAGAACAUCUGCAACAGAACCCAAGAAUGACAAGGUGGUGUGGCACAUAGUGAAACGUAAUCCUGGUUCCACCAGGAUUAUAUACAGCUCAGAUCCUUCUGAAAUAUCAACAGAGUAUAAAAACCGAGCAGCACUCAUAGGCAGUCCAGAGGACAGCUGUACGCUCCUAAUUCAUGAAGUGACAAGAAAAGAUGAAAAGACGUAUUAUCCAAGCGAUAGAAAGUUUCCGUAUAAAAGAAAAGUUUCGGAGUAUGUUCAGUUACGGGUUACAGAUGUUCCACCUCAUCUGGUGUUGUCCGUGCCUGGAGAGAUAAUUGUCGGAACACCAACUUUGGUCAACUGUUCUGUAGAACAUACCUGUUCCACCAGUCCACCUUUUUUGAACUGGAACAUCUCAGGAUUGCCCUUGUCAGAGUAUAACAAGGACCUUGGGAACGGGAAGUAUCUAAAAACAUCUGAACUAACCUAUCUAUCUUCUGAAGAUCAUAAGGGUUCAAGCAUCUUUUGUACAGCAACAUUCCCUAAUGGGCAAACAAGUCGAACUUCAGCUAAACUCAACAUUAUUAAAAUGGAAAAAAAUGUGAACAAGCAUAUUAGGAUGAUUAUAAUUGUUGCAUGCCUAAUCUCAUUGUUACUGACCGCCUUCUGCAUUUGGAGAUUCCUUCUAGGUAACCAAGAUUCCACAUCCAGAGCCCCUAAUUCCUAUAGAAGAAAAAAUGAUUCUUUUGAGACAAAAGGCACCAAGGAUGCCAGGUAUACGGAUCUUAUGGAGAGAGAAAAUACAGUUUAUUGUGUAAUAGAGCCAGGAACUCGGAAGAUGAUACAAGGAAAGAGCAAUUUAACUGAAUACAAAAACACAUAUGAGUAUAUGAGGCCCUUAUCCGGAACUCAAAAACUCUAAAUACUGUCUAAAAUAUCAAAUAAAAGUCCUUUUCAAUAUUAA